AAGCAGAGGAGCUCUCUCGAACCAACGGGACCUGAAGCAAGCACGACUUCGCACUCGUUCUGACUGCAAAAGCGAGAGAGAGAGGCAAAGCAGCGAUCCUGUCGUUUGGGUGGGUGGACCGAUCGGCGCCGGUAACUGAGAGUCGUUAGGAUCGGCGGAACCGUUCCCGGUGGAUCUUCGCGACUUUCGAUCAGGCCUUCGUCUUCGUUUCCGCUUUUCGGACUUCUUCUUAAAGCUAAUAAAGAUUUGAUAUUGGUGACAUCCGAGUGACAAAUCCAUAAAUUUCCACUCAAGAUGUCACUUACUUAUGGACACACGGAUUCUCAUCCCCGUCAGAGCUACGCGAUGCCUUGCAGGCAACAUCACCAGCCAAAGCCAAAUGAGGUUCCACCUCAACUGGGGAUCAAUCCGACCAUAUUUCCUGUUCCACAUGAGCCCUUGCCAUACCCAUAUGCUGGUAAUUUUAGCUACCCUGCGCCAUGCCAUGCUUGCUAUCCCUACAUGGCAACUCCCAGCUACUAUCACAGACCAUCCUACCCUCACUUUUUCCAGCCACCUCCCUUUCAUUGUUGGGGACCUUAUCCUGGGAAUGCUGAACCCGUUGCUAGUCAUAAUGAACUGCAUUAUCCACCAGCUUAUCCAAUGGAACAACCAUAUGCGGUUCGACAACACCAUUGCUGUGGAUGCCCUAAUCAUGUAUGCGACCCAAAGAAUGAAAAGGGUGUCAAGAUAGAAGAGCACGAGCCACAAGAUUCAGACAAGAAGGGUGAGAAUUAUUCAGAGUCCUUGGUGCCAGCGAACUGGAGAAACUUUCCGUAUCCGAUUGUUUGGAUCCCACCUGAAAAUAACCGGAACAAAGAGCAGGGAACCCAUGCCAAACCAAGGAUCAUGGAUCUUGACACUGCUUCCCAGGAAAAGAAACUAGCUCGUUCUUCAUUGCAUAAGGAGCCUGGGUGGAAUAGUCGGUUUCCCCUCUUCAUGGGCAACUAUGACCCUUCAAAACCGGGAGGAGAAAAGAAAGGAUCUCUUAAUCAGCCUGUGAGCGAUAACAGAAACUACCCGUUUCCUGUCAUCUGGAUUCCUUCUUAUGAUAAACAGGAGGAGGCAGGGGUUGAGAAGGAACAACAAGCCAAUACAACGGAAUAUCCUGAAUCCAAUUUCAGGGCGUUCCCGAUGCAGAUUCAUAACAAUUAUAAUAAAACUUCGGAUGGGGGACCACAAGAAAACUAUAGAAAUGAAGUUGGCUCGCACCAUCCGGAUGCGGAGAAGAAUGUAAAGGUGAAAGACGUAGAACCUUGUGUGGGCAAGAAUAACUCGCGUGACUCUCGAGAAGAAGCAGCAAAUGCCUUGAAAAAAGGAACUAUAGAUACACCUGUUGAUAGAGUCCCUGGAUCUGAUGCCAGAAAGUCGUCAUCAUCCCCAACCAAAACAUCAAAGUUGCCCCCGGUUUGUCUGAGAGUCGAUCCCUUGCCUAGGAAGAAAGGCCGCAGUGGUAGUUCAAGAUCUCCUAGUCCUCCAGGUUCUGAAAGGAAAUCUCGCAGUUCAAGUGAUGCAUGCUCUACAGACGGUAAUGGACAAAUUUCACGUGCCCAAAGCAUGAGCAGAAAUUCAGAGGAGCACCCGAAAAGGAAAGUGAAAGUCAUUGAGGUGAAAGGGGAAACUCCCAGUCCUAGCGACAACAAUUGUGGAGACUCACAAAGCAGUUUGCAGGUUGAACAUCCAGAAAAGAGUAAAGAGAACAGAGACCACAGUGAGAAGGAGGUCUGUGAAAUUAAAGAGGAGAAGGGAGCUACAAUUGAAGGUGAUGAAAAUACCGAAAAAAGAAGCAAAGAGUCGGAAGCCUCAAGGACUCUAUCUGAUGAAGAAGCUGCUGUGCGCAUUCAGUCAGCCUAUCGUGGUUUCGAAGUAAGGAAAUGGGAGACCCUGAAGAAACUAAAGCAAAUGGCUAAGGUUCGUGAUGAGGUGACUAAGGUAAGGGAGAGUAUCAAGGAGCUGGCAUCUUCAUACGACACUUUGCCUGAUCAAGGACAACUUGAAAGGCAGAAAGCACUCAUUGGAGAAUCCAUAAUGAAUCUUCUGCUACGGCUCGAUACAAUUCAGGGAUUACAUCCUGAUUUGCGAGAUAUUCGAAAAUCUUUGGCAAGGGAGCUAGUUGCUUUGCAGGAGGAACUCGAUUCUUUGACAACAAAGAGACUGGGUGAGUCUGUUGAUAACUGUGAUGCUGCUAGGACCAGUGAGUGUACGGUCAGUGAGAAAGAACAUUCUGAGGAAGUGAAGAGACAAUUUGAAGAGAGCUCUUCAGUUAGUGAGAACGAUGGUGGUCAACUUGAAUCAGAUGAAGCGCAACUUCUCAAAGCUGAAGAUGUAUCUGAACCCUCAGAGAAUGCAUGCUCGGGUAUCAUUGAUGGUCAGACACAAGUGCCAAUCGAGGAUUUGAAAAGUGAACCACCAGCAUCCUUGGAUGUGGACUCGCAGCAAGCUGCCUUGCAGCAUUGUCAUGUACAGGACUUCAGACAUCUAAACGAAAUUGAUGAUGGCGAACCACCCGUGGUCAGCAUCAUGGAGCCUACAGAGACUAAUCCGGAGCAUCCUACUGGAGAAAAGGAUGAGAAACUAGCGUUGGCCACGGUGGAGAAAAGAAAUGAAAUUGAUGAUGGCGAACCACCCGUGGUCAGCAUUAUGGAGCCUACAGGGGCUAAUCCGGAGCAUCCUACCGGAGGAAAGGAUGAGAAACUAGUGUUGGCCACGGUGGAGAAGAGUAACUAUGAUUCUGUGGUUGAAGAUGGGAUUGGGCCUGCAUCCAAUUUGGGAGAUGAAAGCGGCACGGAGAUGGAGUUUAUGAGCAAGGAUCAAGGGACUUCUGCUCUGCAACCAUUGCCACAAGCAGAUGAGGAGAGAGGAACCAUGGCGUCGGACAGUGCAGGAGUGGAGCCUCUUACUUUUACUGGCCCACCCUUGUGCAGUGUAGAUGAUGGGUUGAUAUCUCAUGGAAAAGAACCUGAAGUGGAAGCGGCAAGCGAGAUUCAUGUUGCAGAGGAGGUUGCUGCUGAUUCUGUGCUCAGUGAGCAGGAUAAGUGCGAUGAAGGUAGCGAUGCCGUUACUUCUCCAGAAAAUUUUGGCAAACAGACCAUUGGGACGCAGGAGAUGGAAGGGCCCAAAGCAAUGACUUCAGAUUCAGAAGUAGUUGACAAUGUGCAUCUAGAGCAACCGGUUGCACCAAGACCAGAUGAUUUGUCACCUGCUGGCUCUCUAAAGAGUGAGGAAUCUUCACAGGAUGCAUCCAAUGGAGAGGAACGAGACCAGAGACAUGAAGAGGCUAAAAGUGAAGAAGCUCUUUUGCCUCCUCGACUAGAAGAAGCUCUGCCAGGGAUGUUAGGGCCCCCAGUGGAAACUUGCCGAGAUGAAAAUGAAGACAAGGUCAUCAUCUCUGCUGAUCUUAGCUGCAAUUGCUCUGACAGGUCGAACGGUGAAGCUCUAGCUCAGGAGAAGGAAGAAUUGAGUGAAGAAAACGUGAAGAAUAUCGACCUGACGAUAGAAGUUGGAGAGCAAGUGGGUGAACAAGAAGAAAAGGUGGUUGUUGCUCCGGAAAAAUCUAUCUCAGACAAAGGUGCCGAGGUAGUCAAGCAGUCACCGCCUAGUUUCGAUGAUUGGAAUGUGAGCAGGCCUGUGGAGGAGAGGGAUGGUAACGAGAAACUAAUCAAAGAGAACGAGAAACUGAGGGAGAUGAUGGAGAAACUGAUGGAAUCGGGGAAAGAGCAGUUGAACGUGAUAUCAGAAUUGACUGGAAGAGUGAAGGAUUUGGAGAGGAGAUUGGCUAGGAAUAAGAGAAUGAAAACGAGGUGCAGAACGGCGGCGGUGAAGGCUCGGUCGUCACAUGCCAAGUCAUGCACGGAUUCUGUGAAUUGAGAGGAUGAUGGGUUUAAUGUUUCAUAGGCAAGUCUUUACAUAAGUAUUCUGGGAGAUGAGAUGGUGUGGUGAUGUCUGUGUACUUAUGGAACGAGUGUAUUUUAUGUCAUGGAAUAACUGUCUCUCGUAAAGCUUGUUCUUUCUGUUACUGGCUUAUUGUUUCAACCAAUGUAUCGCUUGAUGACUGUGUUUUCGUUGUUUUGCAUCGAUGCAUCAGUGUAUACUGUAAUUAGAUCAAGCUCUCUGGCUCUAAGAACGACGUCAACUUUAGUAAAUUUCUUUUUGAGAAAAUGAUAGAAAUAGUCUCUGGAUUUUUUGUUCA